AUGGUCUUUCAAGGUCUCUGGCUCGCAGAAUUAGAGCUCCUGCAGAGUCGUGUCUGGCAUAACAUGGUCGGCCGAGUACACCAGCGAGUUCAAUAUUAUCGCCAUGGUGUGCCGAUGGAAGAAAGCCGCACAUCCCUCAGUGAUGGUAACCAACUGAACCAAUUUUUGAAGUUUUUCAAGGAGGAAUUGAAGGAUCAGGCGAAGGGAAAGCCUCCAAAUAAGUUAUAA